CACAAUAACAUUCUACAUGUGCCCCUGUAUAAUCUACUGUAAACUGUUCUCUUCCUCUUUUUGUGUUUAGAAUGAUGAUACAUCUAUGACAUCUGUGUUUUGGUUAUGACGGAUGACUUUAGGACUUGUGUAUGGUUUUGAGAAGUUAUUAACUUUCUGGAGGUAUUUUCUUGUGUAGUUUUGAGUGUCUUUGAAAGUCUCUGAACACUGGAUUCUGAUUCCUUGUGAAGGAUGGUAGAUUUUAUUUGAUGCCUGGCUAAAGAUCCUCAUUUUUGACCGCCGGGGCCCAGCCCAUGAUGGCAGAUAGAUGACGAUGUCAUCACGUGAGGAGGGUUUUCGUGGCGGGCGUGAAUCACACCAGGGCGACCGUCACGUCACCUCCCGUCAUGACCCACUUGCGCGCAAACACGACGCUCUAGACGUGCACGGGCGGAAACAUGAAGCGCUUGAUGUACACGCCCACAAGCAUGAUGCUCUUGACUUGCACGCACACAAGCAUGAUGUUCUUUCGGGCAAACAUGGCUCACGUGACAGAAAUGACACGGGUAAAGAUACAGAGGAGGGUCCCCAUAGGCCUCACCGGGGGGGCUCAGGCCACCAGCGUAGCCGGGAACCAUCUGGGAGUUCCCCAAGAGACGAAGAGCCAAGUUCGAGUAAAACCCGAGACGCAAGUGUUGAGACAGUAGACCGUGGGGUCGGCCCCACCCCUGCCCCUCCACCGACAUCUCAUGUGGAUCCAAGAUCUUUCCCGCCCUCAUAUUAUGGUCAUACUUCUAGUUUCCUUGACCCUCGUAACGGGCUAGAAUCGUCUUCUCCAUACGCUGCUGCUGCUGCCGCUGCCGCUGCUGCUGCUGCUGCUAAUCCUUAUGGUUUGCCCGGUUUCCCAUUUUACAAUGUGCCAUAUGGAAUCAACCCGCCCCUGCCGCUAAACUCACAGACAUUGGAGGGCCGCUACAACUGGCCCCCUCUCUCCUUCCACCAUCCCAUGACUGGAUUGCCGACAAGCCCGUCUCACUCGGAUGUGUCGACGCUGUACGGGUUGCGAAGUCCCAUGGCCCCGAAUGAAUCCCUGACAGCUCUUGCUUCUAGACUUCACUGGGACCAGCUACGACAAAACUACCUUAGUCCCCUCUCAGGGGCCCGCCGUUACAGCCCCGCCACAUUACAAGGAGCAGGUUUUGGUAGUGGUGUUGGUUAUGCACAGGAGUACCGUGGAGGAUUCAGUCCCUAUGGCCACCACAGCAUGUUCACCGAUCUUCCCCCCACCCCAGGCAGUGGCAGUGUAACACUACCUGGGUCUAUCGACCCCAUUUUUUUUGCAGGUUCACGUCAGACUAGUCCCCGGCACAGUAUUAUCGGCAAGAGCAGUCGUAAGCGCGCACUCUCCCACUCUCCUAUCUCCGACUACCUCGACAUCCAGAGCCUAACGCGCAGUUCCGAGGGCUCCUUACAACUCACGCCACUCCUCGGAGCUCAUUCAGCUUCCCGUAGUUCUAGCGCGGCUUCCGGGUCAUACGGACAUCUCUCAGCAGCUUCCCUUGGAGCCAUGAGCCCAGCCAACCACCCACAGAUGCCAACCAACCCCUACCUCAGGCCAGGGCCAGGGGGUAACCUUCCCACCCCGCCUUUCUUCCACCCAGGGAUGCCUGCGUUCCUUGGGCGUGUCUCAGCACCCCCGGGCUCACACCUGAUGAUGCCUCCCUCUUCCCAGGGUCACUCGGGACCCGGGUCAGCCGGCAUAAUGACGCCCCAGGGUAUACCACAGAAAACUGAAACACAGUCUCAGAUCAGCACAACCACAAAAGACGCCAGUAGCGGGGUUGUCAGCAGUACGGUGGAGCCAGGUUACCAUGAGAUGAAGGGUCGUACGAAGAUUAAGGCAGAAAAGGAACCAUACCAUCCACAUACACUUCCCAGAGGUCCGUACGAAGGAGAUGAGAGCAAUGAUGGUGAGGACAAGCCAAUGGGGGAUGGUUCCCUGCUCGCAGGCCAUAUACCUCAAGAGGGGGAACCAGACUUUGUGGAAACCAACUGUCACUGGGAGGAAUGCAGCAAGGAGUUUGAUACACAGGAUGAACUCGUCAAGCACAUUAACCAAGACCAUAUCCAAGCCAACAAAAAGGCAUUUGUGUGUCGAUGGAUGGAGUGUAGCCGGGAAGAAAAGCCGUUCAAGGCCCAGUACAUGUUAGUGGUUCACAUGAGGCGACACACAGGAGAGAAACCCCACAGAUGCACGUUUGAGGGCUGUUUGAAGGCCUACUCUCGACUGGAGAACCUUAAAACCCAUCUCCGGUCGCACACGGGUGAGAAACCAUACAUGUGUGAGUUCCCUGGAUGUACGAAGGCCUUCAGUAACGCUAGUGACAGGGCCAAACACCAGAACAGGACACACUCUAAUGCUAAACCAUACGUGUGUAAGGCUGUAGGUUGCACCAAACGCUACACAGACCCAAGCUCCCUGCGUAAGCACGUUAAGACCGUGCAUGGGCCAGAGUUUUACGCAAAUAAGAAGCACAAAGGGGAGGGAACCCAGUCUUGUAAACAGGAGAGAAAAGAAGACCCAGACCAGCCAAAGGAUGACACAGAGGAGGGACGAGCCCAGGUGGAACAGUGUACGUCAGUAGGCUCCACACAGAUAGCCGGCGGGGAGAGGCGCAGCUCACAGGAUACAGUGGGCUCGGUAAUACAGCAGCACCCUAGUCCCCAGAGCAGCCCAGAGGUGAAUGUCACAAACAACUUGAAGAUGGAAGUUGAGGAUCAUAUGACCUCUGAUGACCUUGUAACCAUGGUGACAGGAGUGGGUGGGGAGCUGGAGGAGGAUGUGGACAUACCUGAGCCUGACGAGGCUGAUGUUCCUGGUUCAGACAACCUUGUUGUUGUCCGCCAGAACCGAGUCAACGUCAGUCGCACCCUCCAGAAACGCCAUCUACAGAAAAACCUUGCUCUUCUACCUCCUGUCGGACAUAAUAAAGUACGUAAGGAUGGCAGCGGGCCUCUACAGACAUCUCUCACUGAUCUCAAACCACCGGCGGCUCCCAACCACACCAGCAAACGUAUCUCUGAUCUCCAUGGUGAAUCUCACAGUGGCAACUUCCGUUCACGUCGUGAUAGCAAUACGAGCACGCUCAGCUCCUGCUUCAGCAGUCUACGUUCUGACAACAGCCCCAACCCUUUCGGUAGUCUGGCCUCCAGUAGACGCAGCAGCGAAGUGUCAACCAAUCGUCUCAGUAUUACCAACUCUCCGUACGAGUAUGACAUAUCUGGGAAUCGGCCGUACCACGCACGAGGCUCGUGUAACAGUGACAGUAGUGCUAACAUGAGCCACAUGGAGGCACAGUUUCAGAAAACCAACCUUGGAAGUCAGUCCAGUAUUCCGCAAGUGCAGCCAAACAAUUCUAUGAACAUGUGUUCACCAAGCACAAAGUUUCAACAGGAGCGAAUAGCGAGAUUCCUUGCUGCGAGGCAAGAUAUAGGUAGUGCGCGUAAUAGCUCAACCAGCACUCCGUCCCGGACACCAUUACCACAUGAACUGAACAGGGAUGCAAGAAGGGCCAGUGACCCGGUAAGGGCCAUGGAUCAGAACUAUAGUGCAUCUGCUAAGCAGAUACAGAGAUUCCAUAGCUUAAACAUGGGUAAACCUCUGCCAGUUCCCCCUCAGGGUAUGAAGUCAUUACGACACAAGUCUGGCUCGUUUAAUUCAUCACGGAGUAGCAUAGCCACUGACCCAGAUCCUAGUGAUUUUGAGCUUUUGGAUACUGACAAUGAAGCGGGAUUAGAGGAGAAAAUGCUGGAGGAUAGUGAAGAUAUGAUUAUUCCCGAUGAAAUGAGGAUGUUUCUCAAUGAGCGUUAUGGUGAAAAUCAUUCAUUGUACUCUUAUGAUCCUAAUGCAUUGACAGAGUCAGAGAUUAGUUUCUUACAACAUGGUGGCCAUAUGCAUGGUGGAAAUGGUGUGAAUAAUUCUUCUCAGCCUCUUGGUGUUGGAUUUAAUCAGAAUUCUCAUGAUGGAUCUAACAGUGGUAACCAGUUUUCAGGAAAUAAUUCUAUGCAAGGAAUGCCUCCUAACUUUUACUGUGGGAAUCCUAACAUGCCUGGCGCAUUAGGAGGCCCAGGUUCCUGUGCUAAUCCUGGGAUGGAUAACCAGGCGCCAAGGAUGAACAAUGGUGAACCAUUAACUAUACAACAGCAGUUAUCACGGGAAAACACUGCAGCAUGGGUGCAGAGACAAAAUAUUGACAGUUUGCCCCAAUCCCCAAGUGUUUUUCCUGCGCUGGGUUCUCCGCGGGAGAAUCUGUCCCAUCCUCCUGGUGGAAAUAUGCCACCUCACAUGCAAAGAAAAGAUGGGGGCAUGCCCCACAGAAACUGGAUGAAUAAUAACAUGAACACAAACAUGCAGAUGAAUGCCAUGUCAAAUAAUAUGAACAUGAACAAUGGGAUGCAUCCGAUGAUGUCAAGUCCUGUACCUUCAAAUACCUCUGUACCUCACCCACCCCUUACACCAAAGUCCAACCAGAAUGUGCCUCACAACCAUCAUAAGAUUAACCAAUCACAAAUAAAUCAAGCACCCAAUAUGAGAUUGAACAAUAAUCCUAUGGGGGUUAACAUGCCCCACCCACCCCCAGUGACAAAAACUGAACGCCGGAGUCCACAGGUUCAAGUUCCACAUAUAAGUCAAUCUCAAAUUCCCCCCAGAGCGAAGGCAGCACAUAGAAACCAGAUGGUGCAGCAACAACAACAGCAGCAUCAACAACAACAUAUGUCUCCUGGGCAACAACAAAUACCACAACAACAGCAACAACAGUCGAACCAAAAUAAUCCUUAUAACAUGAAUAUGAUGGGUAACUUUCCAAAUAAAAUGUUCUACGGCUACGGGCCAAUGACAAUGCAGCAGUACCAGUUUUAUCAGCAACAACAACAGCCACAGCAGCAGCAUCAACAACAGUUCUUAAACCCCAUGGGUAAUAACAACAUGGGAAACGUUCCAUUUAAUGGACCUGCCAACAAUAUGGGAUAUAAUCCAAACUGUCAACAAAGCACAAGGGAGCAGCAGUCUCAGUUUAGUAAGCUUGAGAUGUCCCCCGGGUGUAACCAGGUAACCAGCUCCACGGAUAUCGUACAACGGAGACAAGAGCCUGAGGCGCCACCUAUCGAAAACUUUAUGGAUAACCUAAACUCAAUAUCUGCGGAGAACUUUAUGGAUAAUAUCAAUUCUAUAUCACAGGAAAACAUGAAUGUAUAUAAUAGUCAGUCAGCUGUGAGUAACAGGUCAAAUUCGCAAGCGUCUCGAUAUAGUGCCGCAUUGAUGAACACGUCCAAUAUGGUGGUGAACGAUAUGAGCUCAACAAUGCUGCAACUCGCAGAGGAAAACAAAUAUUUUAGUAGAAGACAUUGAUAGGAACUCAUUUUCUCAUGCAUUUUGUUUUUGCUGGUGUUCAAAGCUUUUACCUCAAACAAUUUGAGAUCUUAUUUCUAUCCAUUUUUCAUACUUAAAUAUACAAGUUCAUUCUAUCAAUAUGUGUAUCAUUUUUUUAAUAAUCAGUAAAAACAAAAAAAUACAUUAUUUAAAUAAAAAUAAGAAUGAGGAAAAAGGAACUUUAUAUAAGCAGGAGUUAGAUAUGAAUAAAUGGCCUGAAAUCCAGAUUAAUGGGUAAAUUUUGAAAAUGUGCAAAUUUUAUGUUGUUAAAUAUCGUUUUAGCUUGUCUGUUUUUCGAUGAAAAAAGUCUUAAGAAUUGUCAUAGCCUGGGUAUUUCAGAAGUCAUUGGUGUGCAUACUUUAGCUUUGGCCAUAACUCAAAAACAAUUAUAGAUAUUGGAAUGAAGCUUGGUACAAGUGUUGCCAAAGACAAUAUGCAAAUGUCAGUGGUCAAAAUAAGUACAAGCCUGCAAGCCCUGCACUUGUAAAAUGCUUUCGGGGCUUGCACAAUGUCUGGGUUUUAUACAGCAGGUCAUUCAAAAAUGUAAUGCCAAGCAGUAAUAAACAAACUCAGGCUUGUUCACCAAAAAGACUAAUUUCCAUGACUGAUAUGUCCAGCAAAGCCCAUAACUCUGGCUUUGAUAAUAAUUUAAGUUAUGCUCUUUUUUUUUACUUAAAAAGAAAAGAAAAGAUGGGCGUUGGUGUUCAUUCCGCGACUCUCUUGUUUUAAUAUGAUAUGUUGUUUGCAUCAUUGAAGGGCUUCUUUCUUGUUAAUGGAAUGUUCAAGACCGACAUACAUCAAGGUUUAUGUACAUGUACGUGGUUAAUGUAUUGAUAAUACAAUUAAAACUGUUAUUUUUGAUGAUCAUUGUUAUUUAGGAACUUAUUAAAAUUUGUAAAUAAUUCUUGAACUGCAUUUACUAUUGAAGACUUCAAUGUUAUAUCGGUGUACAUAUUCAUUGCAAUUGUGGACUGAGAUUUUUACCGGUAAUUUCUAUUGUGUUCAAGUUUUUAUUGUUUGUUAGGCACAGGUUCUAAGUGAAUUUAAAGAUACUAGUGUGUGUGUUGUUACGAGUUACAACACAUUAAGCGUACAUUUGAUUAUGAUAGAACCACAGAAGAUAUACAUACCUAUUACAUGAGAUUUUAAACAUUAUUAUCUUGUUAAUCAGAACACAUGACUUAAUAAUUUUUGCGCAAUGAGGUUUCAUGUAUUUUUACGUAAUUUUCUCCGAAAUAUAAGAUUGAUUAUGGAAAUUUUUAAAAUUUGCGGAAUAAAAACUGCGUGCAAUCUGUAACUUGAAUCUCACUGAUUUUCAUGCCAAUAGUUCAGAUAUUAUUUGGGAAUUUUGGAAUGAAAUUCCAAGAUUUUCUUUCUUCUUUUUUUGUGUUAUGCAUGCGAUUAUGAAGUUUAUGAGAUUAAACAUAAGGAAUCUCAUGUUAUAAAAGUUAAGAAUAUACUAGUACUGUUUUCUUUUCAUUCAUGUUUAGGUUGUUUUCUUGAAAAUUUCAUGAUCUUAUGAAUGUUAUUUGUUUUUGUCUUAUUUUGUUUGUUUUUUUGUUUUCUGUAUAAAUUGAGAUUUUAUCAAAUAAUCAAACAAUUUUAAAUACGGUAGAUCUUAUCAGUACGGUAAUGAAACAUGUAUAGGAGGAGUAAUAGGACUUUUCAUGAAACAUCUUAAGUCAGGUCUUUACCAAUACUGACGGCAUCUUCUUCAUAUCUUAGGGCCAAUGAGAGUGGUUCACAAUUGUUGUCCAAAAAAUAAUUUCAACUAAUAUUGUAGUAUCUUCAGAAUUUCUUAAAAGAUUUUUAACGUUUUGAUUUGAGAAGAUCAUUUUUAUGUUAAAAAAACUUUUACACUUCUUUUAAUCUAUCAAUUGUUUUUGUAAGAAUUGACAUUAAGUUUGGAAUUGAUUAUAUGUUCUAUAAAAUCUGUCCCUGAAGCACAAUACAUGUACUUUUCACAUAUCAUCGAAAAUAUCAGUGCCUUAAUCUUUAUAAAAAAUUUCCCUAGAAGAGAAUAAGUAUUUGAAAAGAUAAAAGAAUGGAAUAAUGUUUGUUUCUUUAAGAAUACAAUAUGGUAACUCUUGCAUACAAAAAUAGGUUUAAUUGUUUGUUGUUGUUUUUUCUUGUUUUCAAAAAUAAAUUUUGGAAUUAAAUUUUGUGAAAUUGGGGACAAGUAUGUUUUAGCUUUGGGAAUCGGGUCAAAUUUUGGCUCCAAAAAGUUGGGAAAAAAAACACAGAUGAAAGGCUUGAAGACACCUUUGAUUAAACUUUCUUGAUAAAGAUAUGGUAUAAAACAUGUUUAUAUAUAAAAAAAUGUGUAAGUAAUGUUCUACACGAUGUAAACAGAUUUAUUUCUUAACUCCUCAAUGUCAAACCAUAUAAUCCUUUUACAUAGAUCUGUAUUGUGCCUUUUAUAUGUUAGCAGAAAGUGCUAAACAGUUGAAAAGCAGGUAGUUUUCUGCAUCGGAAAGUGCUUUAACUAUUGUGAUACUCGUGUCUUCCAACUUGGUGCAUUUUGUACAUUUAUGCAUUUAUACCCCAUCACUUGUACAUGCAGGAUCAACUCAAGUGCCUUUAAUACGCUGUUUUUCGUACAUGCAAAGUAUUUUAUAUCUGUUUUUAGAAUUUACUUUUCGUAACAUUAAGAGUUGACCUUUGGUGCAUUUUAUAUAUACUUGUGAUAUGCCUUUGAUGAAGAUAUCACGGUGGGCAUUUCAUGGAGAAUACUAGAAGUGGUUUUAGUACCUAGAAGACUUUUAGCAGUGAAAAGCGCUCCCAGGUCCGAAAAUACUUGUAGAUCCAAAAUUACUCCUAGUUACAAAAUUGUUCACAGGUAGGAAAUUGCUCCUAGGUGCGAAAGCGCUCCUAGAGAUCUUGAUGAAACAGCCCCCAGAUUAUUUGGCAUUUACUGUUUACUCAAAGGACAUAUUGUUUACUGUUUUAUUGUAAGCCAAAAUACUUUAAUGGAGUCAUAAGUUCAGACUUAUGAUCUUCACUUAUUUUAGAUUAUCAUUUAAGUGCUGCUUAAAUUCUGCCAAGAAGUGAAUAAGCAUUUGAGGAAUCAUUUUCCCUGUAAAUAAAUAUUACAUUUUGGUUACAACAUUACUGUCAGAAUAAAUAAAAGAUAAUCAUUAAAGCAAUGGUUUCAACCAGACCAUAUAAUUUCACAAGGAAUAUUUGUAUUCAUUUUGUUUAUGUUAUUAUAGAAAUAAAUCGAACUGCUCGACUUAGACCGUUCUUGGCAGAGUUUGAGUGGUACUUGGCAGAGUUUGAGUGGUACAUUAGAAUCCCACCAUCACCCGUUCAUGUUAGUCUCAAUCACCCCGUUAUGUCCGUGAAUUCUAUAUUAGUGACCGACUUGGUUCUAAAUUGCAUUUAUAUGUAUCUGUUGAAACUAGAUGUAAAACAUAGCAAUAAACAUUAUAUACGUUUAAA